AUGUCUUCCAGCAACGACAGCCCUGGUGGCGCUGCUGCCGUGACACCAAACACAACAUCACCCGAUCAAACAUCUCCUUUACCAGCAGGGACAUCUGCUUCUUCUGCCCGUGUGCAACCGAGCAAUGCAGCUAGGUCACCACUAGGGCCAAACGCGCAACCAACACCUGCGACCGACUCCCGCCUGAACCCGCGCAGUUGUGUGACCUGUCGACGGCGCAAAGUACGAUGCAAUAAACGAGAGCCAUGCUCAAAUUGCGUCAAGGCAGGCAUAGAAUGCAUCUUUCCAGGCCCUGGACGCGCGCCGCGCAAGCCGAGGCGCCCCCCUGACGCCGAGCUUCUGUCGCGGCUGAGGAGGCUGGAAGGUGUCGUGGAGAGCCUGGGGGGGACGUCGACUCUCGAGCAGGUUCUUUCUGGCGCAAAGCCAACUCAGCUGCAAACAACGUCGCCUCUUGGAGGUGUCAGCACUGCAAAUAAUCUCGACAUGGACGAAUCAGACCCCAAAAACUUCCAGCCUAAACUUCGGGGGACCGAGGAGCUUGGUAGACUGGUUAUUGAUGAUACGAAAAGUCGAUAUGUGAGUAAUCGCUUUUGGGCGACUUUAGGUGAUCAGAUCGAAGAGUUGCAAGAUAUCCUGGAUCAUUCUAGUGACGAUGAGGAAGAUUUCCCAUCGCCAGGCGACUCGGUUCAGUCGGGCACCCGCAGCCAUGAUGCUUUUAUUUUCGGGUAUAGUUCGCUCGCACAUAGCUUGCGCAACUAUCAUCCUACUCCAACGCAAGCCUUUGUUCUGUGGAAGACGUAUGAGCAACAUAUCGCCCCGCUUUUGACAAUAGUGCACAAGCCUUCAAUUCGGAAUAUCAUCAUCGACGCCGCCACUAACCUUGAUUCUUUGGAUAAAAACACCGAGGCCCUAGCAUUCUCAGUGUAUCUGGCUGCCGUUAUCAGUAUGACUCCAGAUCAAUGCUUGUCAGAGCUGGGAGAGGAACGCGACGCAACAAUCAGUCGCUUCCGAUUUGCCACCGAGCAGGGCAUGGCCAAGGCAAAUCUGCUUAAUUCUCAAAACAUAACUCUGCUUCAGGCCGCCGUAGUGUUUCUUUCGUGUAUUCGCCGACAAGAUGACUCGAGGUUUGUGUGGACUUUGUCGGCUGUUAUUUUGCGCCUUGCAUCCGGUUUAGGUCUGCAUAGAGAUGGUACCCAUUUUGGUCUGAGCCCUUUUGAAACCGAGAUGCGCCGUCGGCUCUGGUGGCAUAUAUGUAUUCUUGAUGUUCGAGCCGCCGAGGAUCACGGCACCGAUCCUAUGAUCAACGAUAUGAUGUAUGAUACCCGACUUCCCCUCAACAUUAAUGACGACGAUAUCAGUCCAGAUUCCAAGACGUCUCCCCCGGAGAAGGUUGAAUGCACUGAUAUGACAUUCGCCCUCAUUCGUUGUGAAGUGACUCUGGCUUAUCGUCGUCUGACGUACAUACCACCCGGACUUCAAUCCGUCCCAUCAACAGUCGAAGAACGAGAAAGUCUGAUUGAGAAACUGCACCAAAGGCUGAACGACAGAUAUAUUAAGCAUUGCGAUAUGCAGAUCCCUCUCCAAUGGGCCUGUGCGACAAUCGCCCGAUUGAUUGUGGCGAAGCUAUGGCUGAUUGUCCACCACCCGCUAUCUAAACCCGAAGGACGAUGUCUAUCGAAUGAGGCUCGAAAUAAAAUCCUUCUCACCUCGAUUGAAGUGAUUGAGUUUUCUCGCCUUCUCGAGACCAACGAGAAUACAACCAAAUGGAGCUGGCUUUUCAGUUCUUAUACUCAAUGGCAUGCGGUUGCAUUUGUGCUCGCGGAAUUAUGUGUACGUCCGCUGUGUCCAGGAGUAGAUCGUGCCUGGAUGGCAGUCAAUUCAGUGUUUAAGGACUGGGAGCGACAACCGACAACCAAGAAAGGGUUACUUUGGCGCCCUCUGUCGAGGCUUAUGAAAAAGGCCACCGACUUCCGUAAAAGACAGCUUGAAGAAUUGCGCAACAAGUAUGGCUCUACUCCUGCGACAAUGCAGUCACAGAUGCCACCAAUUCUACCCACCGCUGCAUCUGGCAUUAUGAACAUGAACCCUCCUCCGCCCAUGCCCGGCUCGCAGCAAGAAACCCCUUCUUUGGUCUCAACCUCCAGUCCAACCUUCAGCACCCCCUUUCCCAACCAAAUCGAAUUACCGACAUCUCCCAUGGCCGGGUUCAGCCUUGACCUUAACAAGGGCAUGCCCGACUUACUCAACGACGUGCUCCCAGCAUAUUCGAUGGUCCCAGCCAUACCAAACGUAUCCAUGCCCGACGUAAUGUCUUACGAUCCCGCGCCAACCAGCAAUUUCGCAGAUGCUCUAUUUGAUCCUACCAUCCCAACACCAGCUUCUCAGACCGGGGGCAAUGCUUUCGAAAUGCCGCUGAAUUGGGACCAAUUCGAUGACGUUAUGCGAGACUUUCAGCAUGAUCUCGCGCAGGGCAAUAAUCAGCGUAUUAUUGAGAGUAUGCAAAUGGACUUUAUAUGA